AUGGAAUACAUGGAAGGUGGAUCAUUGAAGAAUUAUAUGAGUGAGAAUCCAAAUUUGAAUGAGGAACAAUGUAUAUAGAUUAUGAAAUCGAUACUCUCAGGUUUAACUUAUUUGCAUCAGCAUAAUGUCAUUCAUAGAGACAUCAAACCUGAUAAUAUCUUACUAACCAAAGACAUCGUACCAAAAAUAGCUGAUUUUGGUCUCAGUAUCUAAUUCGAGAAUUUUGAUUACUCUACUUGUAAGUGUGGGACUUUUCUCUACAUGGCUCCUGAAAUCCUGUAAAACAAGCUCUAUUCUAAGCCUGUUGAUGUUUGGGCUACUGGAAUCAUUAUGUAUUAACUACUGCAAGGGGUUCAUCCCUUCUACAAACAGGAUUCAACAAAGCAAUAAUACCUAUAAACCAUCCUAGAAAAGCCUUUACAAUUUAAAAAGCCCAUCUCAUCAUAGGCUAAGGAUUUACUGAUUCGUCUAUUGAAAAUCGAUAUUUCUGAUCGUUAUACUGCUGGUCAAGCCUUACAACAUCCUUGGCUGACUAAGUAAGACAAUUUGCCCUUAAGUCUUUUUGAAUAAUUUAAAUUGUUUGAUUGCAAAAACAAAUUCAUCAAUAUCAUAAAAUUAUUGAUCUUCAUUCAACAAUUAAAGAUACCCAAGUUCUCUUACGGAUACAUUUUAGGUCAAUAAGGGUUUCAUAUUAAAUAAGUCCAAUAUAUUGUUGGAUAAAUUGGGUAGAUACAGUCUCCCCUCAAAAUCGAAUCUCCAACCAUUUCAAGUUCCACUACUUUAAAAAAGAUAGGCAAAAUCGACUAUUCUGAAGACAACACGCCAAUAAGUCUUCAAAAUGCUACUUUCUAUUAAAAAAAUAAAAAAUUGCAAAAAUUAUCCAAUUUUUAUGAAUAAGCGUACAAAUCUAAUGAAAAUUCUCUUGCUUAAUUAAGUCCUCAGAAACCUAAAAGAAGUACAAUGAACUUUUCCCAAGCUUCUCGAGAGUAUGCAGAAAUAAUGCUAGGAUAUUCUGCAAUAAAGGAAAAAAGAAAACCCUCUCAAAUAAAGUUGGAACCUUUGGAUAGAAGAGCGAAAAGAACAUCUUCUGUUGUGGUAAUUUCCUAUAAACAAUGA